AACCGUGGUUACCAGCCAUGGGCGACUGAGAGGAAAAACAGAAUUUGUUCGUCGCUCAAAGGCUCGAGCUUUUUUCUUCCCCCCCGUUUCAGCCAUGGCGGACUGGUCUCAGCUACCCAGAGAUCUCAUUGAGAGAAUCAGCAAAACCCUCGACACUGCCACCGAACUCCUCCGCUUCCGCUCCGUCUGCAAUUCAUGGCGGUCCUCCGCCUGCUCGAGGGAGCGCCGUCUGUCCAGCGGAUUCCAAAUCCUCCCCAACGGGAUCACGAAGAGUUCGUUCGGAUUCUGCCUGUCCAAGAGGGCCGUUUACCUCAUCGGGUCGCCCGAUUCGCAGCAUCUCAGCCAAUGGCUGGUGAAGCUCGAGGAGGUCAUCCCAGAUAGAAAGCGCCUCGUGAAUCCCCUUUCGAGGAAUCCUCUGAAAUCCGAAUCUCUCCCGGAGAAUUUCCCUAGAAUGCUUGACUUGAAUGGGAUUUCCGUGAAGGAAUUAGGGCAGGCGUACGUAUUGCGUCACGUUAGCUACAGGCCCAAUUCGACUUCUUUCACCGACGCUGGGGAUCUGUACAUGGAGAAGGUGGUGAUGAUGUGGUUGGAUUCGGAACCCAGCGAGUUCGUUCUGCUCACCAUUCAUCUCUCGGGGAAAUUGGUGCUCUUCAGGAGCGGGGACAGGACAUGGACGAUCAUAGGAGAAGGAAUGGGGAUGGAUUCGCCUUACGAUGACGUGAUUGUUCACAAAGGGAAGUUGAUUGGAGUUGACAACACUGGCAAAGUUGUGAGCGUUAGUAAAGAUGCCGACUUGACUCUUGUAGCGAAUCCUGUUUUCGGCGGGGACAAGAAGUAUUUGAUUCAGUCGUCGAGGGAUCAAUUGUUGCUGGUCGACAUGUAUCUGAGCAUUGAUACAGAAGAGGAGAAUUUCGACAUUGGGGAGGAGUUCAUGGGGCAUCUUGCUCAGUACAUGAGAGAGAGGACGGUGAGGUUUAAGGUCUAUAGGCUGGAUGCAGGAGAGAAGGCUUGGGUGGAGUUGGGAAGCUUGGGGGAUACGGUGUUGUUCAUUGGUGAUGACUCUUCGUUUGCUGCCUCGUCUUCUGAUCUCUACGGCUGCAAGGGAAACUGUAUAUUCUUUGUGGACACCUAUAAUGCGAGGGAGCUUGGUGGAUUGGGUAAGGAAGAUGAUGGGAUGUGGGUUGAAGGUAUAUGUGUGUUUGAGCUGGAGAGUGGCAGUAUGGGGCCGUUGGUGAAUUAUCCAGAAUACCACAAGAUCUUCUGGCCGCCUCCAAGAUGGCUACUUUCACCUCCUUCAGAAGUGGAACUUGCGAAGCAAGCUGAAGGGUUGUCCCUGUGAAGUUGAACUCAGCUUCAGUUGAUCCCCGUCACCAUCCUGGUGAAUUCUUGGCAACCUGGUUGAUCAUGAACACCAAUGACUUUCAGCAACCGGUAACUUUCCUAUGAUGGCCACAUUCUCUGGAUGAAUUGACUCAUAAGUCUGACAUUGUCCUCAAAGCACUGGACUUCUCGUCGUUGAUAGUUAGUUCCUCGUUUCCUUGAUCGCUUGACCUUCUCUUUCAAAAGCUGAGUCUUCAGGAGUUCAUAUUAGUCGCUGCCUGUCGUGCUACAUGUUUUGUACAGCAGAAACAGGCAUUAUACAGCCUUUUGAUUGUUUCAUCGCUUGACCUCGGUCUUUUCAAGAUUUGUUUAUUUCUCCCAUGAUAGAUUAAAUGCUUCUGUAGUUAUUUAUCUCUAACCGAGUUCUUCGUAAUAAAUCUGUACUGUACAU